AGUAAAACAAGUACUGUACCAUAAUCCAUUAUUGUGUUAAACGGGUGGCCCGGGACAUUAUUUUCGGCUUAGGCCGGUACUCUCCGCCGUUCCCUCUGUGCACCGCCGACUCGCCGAGCAAAUGCUACAGUGCAGCCAUACAGCAACCCAGCUGACCGUCAGUCUCUCUUCAUGUUCUCGUCAAGAAACCCACAAUAUCCGCAGUUUACCCAAAUUUUCCAUGCGCACAGCAUUCAGCUUCCUCCACACAUUCUCCGUCUCCGUUCUCCUGAACACCACUCGCAGUGGCCGUCGGAACCGACGCGGCCUCUUCUGCACGGUGUCUCUGCUCCGGAACUCCUCAGCAACGUCUCCCCAUCUUCGAUUCUACCCUCGUCGCAUUGUAUACUGCUCCACGCUCCGCUCAUCCUCUCCUUCGGCUAGUACUUUCUUCGAACAGCUAGCGUACGAGCCUGAAGAAUCCCUGAAACAUGAGGAGGACUUGUCGAGCAGCACUGAGAGGGAAAGUUUCAAUUUUGAUAGCUCCUUCGAGUCUGUCGAGUUGAAGCGGUUCGAUUCGCCGGUUGUUGAUGUCAAGGAGCUUGAGGAACUUCCCGAACAGUGGCGCCGGUCAAGAUUGGCCUGGCUUUGCAAGGAGCUUCCUGCGCAUAAGCAUAAUACUUUGAUUCGGAUUCUCAAUGCUCAGAGGAAGUGGCUCAGACAAGAAGAUGCUACUUAUAUUAUCUGUCAUUGUAUGCGAAUUCGUGAAAAUGAGUCUGCUUUCAGGGUGUACAAAUGGAUGAUGCUGCAACAUUGGUUUCAAUUUGAUUUUGCUCUAGCUACGAGGCUAGCAGAUUAUUUGGGUAAGGAGCGCAAGUACUUGAAGUGCCGGGAGGUUUAUGAUGACAUACUUAAUCAAGGACGAGUGCCUGCUGAGUCAACUUUCCAUAUUCUGGUAGUUGCAUAUCUUAGUUCAUCUGGUCAAUCAGUUGUGGAAGAAGCAUUCAGCAUUUACAGCCGCAUGAUCCAGCUGGGAGGUUAUAGGCCUCGUCUUAGCUUGCAGAAUUCUCUGUUUAAAGCUCUGGUGGGAAAACAAGGAGGUUCUUUUGAGGAAACUCUUAAACAAGCAGAGUUUAUUUAUCACAAUUUGACUACUUCUGGGCUCCAGAUACACAAGGAUAUCUAUGGUGGUCUUAUAUGGCUCCACAGUUAUCAGGAUUUAAUAGAUAAGGAUAGAAUUGCAUUAUUGAGAACAGAGAUGCGUUUGAGAGGGAUUGAAGAAAGCACAGAUGUACUUGUGUCAGUCUUGAGAGCUUGCUCGAAGGAUGGGGAUGUAGAGGAAGCUGAAAGAAAUUGGUCAAAACUUCUUUCCUCUAAUCCUAGUCCUCCACCACAAGCUUUUAUGUUUAGAAUGGUAACCUAUGCAAAGAUUGGAGAGCUUAUGAAAUCUUUGGAGAUAUUUAGGCGAAUGCAAGAGGAGUUGGGUUCUACUGCUGUCAUAGCAUAUCAUAAAAUCAUAGAGGUGUUGUCUAAAGCUGAAAAGCUAGAAUUGGCAGAGUCGAUCAUGACAGAGUUCAUUGACAGUGGUCUGGGGCCGUUGCGGCCAUCAUUUAUUGAUAUGAUGGAAAUGUACUCCACUUUAGGCUUACAUGAGAAAUUGGAGUCAACUUUCUUUCAGUGCCUUAAAAAAUGCCGUCCAAAUAGGAAAGUUUUCAGCAUUUACUUGGAUUCAUUGGUUCAAAUUGGCAGUAUUAACAAGGCAGGAGAAGUCUUCAAUCAGAUGAUUGAGAACACGUCAAUUGGUGUCAAUGCACAUUGUUGCAAUAGCAUUUUGAGAGGUUAUCUCUCCCAGGGGGAGCAUAUAAAGGCAGAAAAAGUGUAUGGGUUGAUGCGCCUGAAGAAAUAUGAUAUUGAUUCUUCCUUGAUAGAAAAGCUCAGUUUUGUUCUGAGUUUGCGCCAGAAGGAUGUCAAAGAACCCAUAAGGCAGAAGCUCAGCAUAGAACAGAGAGAGGUCAUGGUGGGGUUGUUGUUGGGUGGUUUGCAAAUUAAAUCAGAUGCAGAGAGGAAGAAACAUUUAGUCCAUUUUGAAUUCAGUGAAAACUUGAAGCAUCAUUCCGUUUUAAGGAGGCACAUAUAUGACAAGUAUCGUGAGUGGUUAGCUUGUCCAGAUAAACUGGCAGAUGAUGAUGAUGAUGAUGAUGAUGUUCCUUGGGUGUUUACUACCAUUCCACAUUCUUAUUUUGGCUUUUAUGCCGACCAAUUCUGGCGAAAAGGCCAACCUACUAUUCCAAAACUAAUCCACAGAUGGUUGUCACCCCGAGUUCUUGCUUACUGGUAUAUGUACUCAGGCUACCGGACAUCAUCAGGGGAUAUUCUGUUGAGAUUAAAAGGAAGCCAAGAGGGCAUUGAAAGUAUUGUCAAAACACUCAAGGCCAAAUCAUUGGAUUGCAGACUAAAAAGGAAGGGAAGCUCGUUUUGGAUAGGUUUUCUGGGAGAUAAGUCUACAUGGUUCUGGAAACUGGUUGAACCCUUUAUUCUCGAUGAUCUAAAAGAUUGCCUGAGACCAGGAGGCAACCUAUCGGAUGAUUUGGAAGGAAUUCAAACCAUUGACAGCGGGUCUGAAUCUGAUGAGAAGCCCUCCGAGUGCAGUGAUGGUGAGAUGUAACAAUAUCUCUUGUAAUCAGUUUCUGGUUAUACUGCAGAUUUGCACUCCGGUUUCGAUGAUUGAAGCCACUGCUGCCUCGUUUUUCCUGUAUGUGUAGCAAACACUCCCUACCCAUUUUUUGAAACUUUUAAUUUAGUAAUAUGCAGAGUUGUAUAUAUUCAGUUGUGGAAGUCCAAUAUGUAAACUUGCAAGAAUUAAUCUCAUGGCCAU